ACUUUAGUGCUUUCUUCCUUUUUUGUUCUGAUCAAUAAACAAACCUGCAUAAAUUUUAUUAAAUCUGUAGUGCUAAUUUUUUGUUAUUGUAAAAGGCUUCGAAUUUGGAAGCUGUAUAUAAACGUGUGGCUAUUUUUUGUUAGUGUUGCGUUGCUAGUCGAUCAUUGCCAAAAGAAACUAGGUGAAGAAGCUAAAGAUGGGUGUUGCACAUGAGGUGUUUGAUAAAAUGAGCGUUACGGCUUCUAAAUUUUUCUUUUACCGGUUCCAUUACAGAUUUUGAGCUUUGAGUUUUAAGGUGGGCUGUGAAUUUUUCCAAUAUACUUUUUUAAUUUUUCCGUGAUCUCCGAACCUAUAAAGAUUAAGUUAUCGGGAAGCAACAGCAGAACAGAAGAGAGGGGGAUAAAUUCGGGUGGUGGGAACUCCUCGCCCCUGGCUUUUUUACUUAUGUACCACCUUUUUCAAAACUUAUUAUCAAAAUGCCACAUUUUUCUAACUACUUGCCCAGAAACAACCCUUUGUGUUAGUGGUACUUAUCCAUAGGCAAGUACCUUGCAUUUGCAUAUGGCAUCUGUUUUAGUGCUUGGUACUUGCCUUACAUUCUUCAGUUCUUCUCACUACUUUCUAAUUUUGAUUGACAAUGUUUUAGGAUUAAAAUGUGGUUAGUUAUUUUGUUGUCAACUUGUCAUGUCUUUUGUACUCUGGGAAAAUUUUGUUUGGGCUAAUGACAUUAUGUUCUUUUGUGUUAAUGUUGGUUUGGUCUUAAAAGUUCUAAUGUUUAAAUGGUUGAUUGCCUUGGUUUUAUGAUCGAGAAGUUUCAAAUUUGAAAAAAAAAUUUUCUAAUUGUGAGUUCAGUUUAGCUUGUGGCAACCAUAUUAUGAUAAUGCAUCUGGUUAAGUUUCAGUUUGUACUCAUUAAGAAAUUUGCUAAUUGUGAGUUCAGUUCAGUUGUUUUUUGCUUGGUUUUAUAUUUAUAUUGUUUUGUAACUUUGUUUCUAAGUUACAUCAUUGUCAUUGAUAAUUUGAUAUGUUGAAGAAAGGAAAAUAUGUUUCUGUAAUGAGAUUGGUUUUAGGAGUAGUAGGAUUAAAGAAUCAGAGUGAAGGUAAAAUCAUAGUGAGGAAAUUUGGUAGAGAAAAGAGAUAAAUCAGAUAGAAGAGAAGAAUGUAAUCAGGGAGAAGAGAGUCCUAAGACAUUUUACAAAUUCCUUAGGCUCCAUUGUAAAAGGGUUAUUUGUUAUGCAACUAUUUGAUUAUUGGUAACUGGAAUAUUACCGGCAGAGGGCAUGGCAAAUCAGCCAGAAACAACAAGUUCCGCCACACCGAUCCAGAAUACUGAGGAUCAAGUAGCAAGUGCCACUUCUACUGUGAACUUGGUAGAUUCAUUGGAGAAACAGUAUCUCAAAAUCAAAGAGCACGCAGAAACCUACCCUUACGUAUGGGCUUCCUAUAUUGUUGUAUAUGGUGGCUUUGGUCUAUGGGCUGCAUAUAGAUGGAGAAAGCUCCGCAAAACCGAGGACAGAGUAAGGAAUCUUCAAGAGAAACUAAGAAAGCUUGUUGAAGCUGAAGAAUCUGCUACUUCUACCAAAGUGGUUGAAAAGGGUUCUACAUCUUCUGAAAAGCCUUCCAAGUAGCCAACAGUUUCAAUAUUCCUUGCCCAAGGCCAAGUAGACCGGUGUUUAUGCCUCACAAUAUCACUUUGUUUACCAUAAUGGUUGCUGGGACUGAGAGAAGAUUUCAUGUUGCUUCUCUAAGCAACUGAUUGUCUGAUUACAUUGAGUUUUUCAGAAGUUUAGACAUCAAGUGUGAUAAUUUCCCUUCCCAAGAAAGUUCCGUGAUAGUUUUGCAGACAGAGAUGUUUCAAUGUUUUUUAGACAUAGGAAAACAUUAAUAUUAGGGAAGAAAUUUAAUCCAUGAUACAUAAAGAAAAUUUCUUUGGUGAAUAGCGAAAAUUGUAACUAAAAUUUGCAAGGGAAGUGUGCAUUUUACAUAA